AUGAUUCAAAAACUUGCAAGCGAUAAAAUCUCUUUUGAGAAACACGUCGGGUUCUGUAAUACAGGAAAGCAUACUUUUGCUGACUCACCCGGAAAGGAACUCGAACAGAUACUGAAUGAAAUGAAAGCUGAAAUCAAGGGAAAAAUGGCGGUUGAAGUUGAAGAUAUCUCAAAAGGUGUGUUAAAACCUUUUGAUGCAGAAGUUUUGAGGGAUUGUCCACCUUAUAGGCGUAGAGAAUUGUUUGAAAGACACGAAAGUUCAAAAAUAUCUAAAUUUCGUUUGUGUGAGGUAAUUGAAGGAGAAGUAGUAGUUACCCGCCAGUUACUAGAUUUAGUAAUUGCUGCGUUCAAAAUAAGAAGAAAUCGUAACGACGAAUCGGAAUCGCGUUGGAAAGAAAAACUGCAAACUUACAUAAGAGAAUUUCUAGAAAAGCGUAUACACCGUGUAAUGAAGUGGAUUGAAAAACAUCUCCCUCACAGUAAAUGCUUAAACUCAGAAGAUGUAACUUCGUCGCUGAACGCAUUCAAAGAAAGUUGCGGCAUCGAGAUAUUUGACUAUCUUCGAAACCGAUGGAGAUUGUGUUCUCAAAUCUGCUCCCAACGUGAAAGCAAUUGCGAAAAAUGUCAAAGAACUUGCCUACAAUUUGCAAUUGAAUGUGCUGCUAGUGCCACAAGAGAAGCCUGUGACUGCUUUGAAGACGAUCAUCGAUGUAGAGAAGAUUGUUCGCUCUGCGCAGUUACGUUUGGCGUGCAAAACAAAACGAAGUCGUUAAAGAGUCGCUGCCGCCUUGGGGCAAGGCACGAUGACCAGCAUCGGUGCUACAGAAAAGAGCAUCCGUGUCCAGAACAUUUCACAAAGUUUAUGGCACGAGGUUGCAUAGGAAAUUGCUCAUACAAACUCGAAACCCAUCCAGAAAUGCAUCUGUGUAGCUCAGGGUCUAAUCACAAAUGCCCAGAGUUUUGUUCAGCAGUAAACGUUGGAUGCAACAAGCAGUGCGACAGAGAAUUCGAACACCAGUUAAAGCUAAAGGACGAAUUGCACUCCUGUGGUAAACGGCAAUGCGUUCAAAAGUGCAGCCAUGUUGGAUGUUCCCGUCGCUGUGCAACUAAAGAUCAUUUACAUGAUCUAAAUAAACGUGACAGUCAUCUAUGCGAUAAACCACUGCACGGAUGCGACAAGACUUGCAACGUGCAAGGUGGUCGCUGUCCAGGUCGCAGUGUCGCGUCUGCGAAUCCUUGUGUCGUACCCAUUGACGACAGCGGAAUAGCACACGAACGUCUUCAUUAUUGCGGUCAAAUUCACCUUUGCGACAAACGCUGUCCUUGUUGUGAUGCAUUUUGCGACAAGAGAUUAAUAUCCGUCAAGGAUAGGCUACAAGGCAUUACUAAAUUUAUAAACCACGAAGGACUUUGCAAUACCAACGCACACCAAACAGCAAGGAAGUUAACCAUCGAAAACUCGUUAGGUUAUACUGAAGCUUGCAGUAAGGGAGAAUGGUGUGGAAACGUCUGCGUUCGGCUGAGAAGAGGACAUCUCCAUCUUGUUACAUGCAAAACAGAGAAUAUGAUCUGCACUGGCCAUCACACUUCUGACGCAAAUGGUCGGCUUUUAGAUCAAGUACAUCAUGGCACUUUUUGGGAACAUUUUGCUCAUUUUGAAGAUCCCUGCAAAGACGAACAGCAGCAAAAAAUAUUUAGUAUAUGUCCAAGGUACUGCUCGUCAAAAUCAGAAAACGAAAUAGAAUCAAACAGUGAAAGCUUCUGCAAGAGGCAACUUUGGCACGACGACUUUAUUGAAGAUAAUGAUGCGCAAAGCCACGUAAUAGAUGGGCAUCAGUUUGGAUGUCGUCACUACAAGCACAUAAUUGUAGUAGUAGACUGUUCUCAAUCAAUGACAUGGAAAAUGCCUAAGGAUAAAAGAUUGAAGGCGAUGCUAUCCCAGACGCGAACUCGUUUGGACAAGGUAAAAAAGUGA